AUGAGCGGGUCCCUGGGCCGGGCGGCUGCGGCUCUGCUCCGCUGGGGGCGCGGCGCGGGCGGCGGCCUGCGGGGCCCGGGCGUGCGGGCGGCGAGCUCGGGCGGCAGCGGCACGUCGGAGCGCCUGGACGCGCUGGUGAAGAAGGACAGGGUGGUGGUCUUCCUAAAGGGGACUCCGGAGCAGCCCCGGUGCGGCUUCAGCAACGCCGUGGUGCAGAUCCUGCGGCUGCAUGGCGUCCGCGACUACGCGGCCUACAACGUGCUGGACGACCCCCAGCUCCGGCAAGGCAUUAAAGACUAUUCCAACUGGCCCACCAUCCCACAAGUGUACCUCAACGGCGAGUUCGUGGGAGGCUGUGACAUUCUUCUGCAGAUGCACCAGAAUGGGGACCUGGUGGAAGAACUGAAAAAGCUGGGGAUCCGCUCCGCCCUCUUAGAUGAAAAGAAAGAUCAAGACUCAAAGUGA